CCCCCCCUUUCUCCUCCUUUCUUUUUACCUCAGAGCGAGGGAGAUGGAGGCGCCGUUGUGGCCGGUCGGGGCGGCUUUGCAAGGCCCGGAGGCGUUGGACGGGCCCGGGCUUCGUCUGCUGGGCCUGGAAGGGCGCUUGGCUUCGGCCGAGAAGAAGCUGGGCGGUUGCCAGAGGACGGUAACCGAGCUGGGCAGCCAGCUGGAAGGCAAGUGGGCCGCCCUGGGCGGCCUGGUUCAGGAAUACGGGCGGCUCCAGCGGCGGCUGGAGAACCUGGAGAACCUGCUGAGGAACCGCAACUUCUGGAUUCUCCGCUUCCCGCCGAGCGGUCAGGGGGAGACACCCAAGGUUCCGGUCACUUUCGAUGACCUGUCUGUUCAUUUCAACGAGCAAGAAUGGGGCAAUCUGGAUGAAUUGCAGAAGGAUCUGUAUAAGACGGUCAUGAAAAGCAAUUAUGAGAUGUUGGUCUCAAUGGAUUAUGCGAUUGCUAAACCUGAUAUCCUGACCCGGAUUGAACAAGGAGACUCUUUGUGUGAUACAAAUGUUGAAACCAUGCCUGAGAAUAAUACACUGGCACAUCCUGGCACAGAGGCCCCUGUUGCUCCAGUCGAUGUUUCUUUGUGGCUGAAAGAAGAAGUAGAAGGACCUCAAGGCGGUGGAAUCAUCAGGCCUCCUGAGGAGAUCAGUACUGGACUUCACGAGGGUUCUUCAGUGGAGUAUAUAGACAUACCCUCCGGGAUUAAAGAGGAGAUGGAGGAGGUGUGCUUGGGCCCCGGGGAAUCUCACAGAGAGCACAUGCAAUAUGAUCCUAGUGAGGAAUAUCAGACCAUUACCAUUUCUGAAGAACAUCUCUGUGGACUCCAGGAAGACCAAUGUGCUCAGGACCCAUUGUUCUUUGGGGAAGGCCCUAGCUCCGUAUUUUGCAACGGGCUCUUAUUUUCACUUGCCAUGUCCUCAAAGGGGAAGAGAAAGGGCCACGGUUCAUCCGAAGAGCGUAGCAAGAAGCACAGGAAAGCCAUCAGUUUGAAUUUGAAGAUGAAGAUCAUCAAAGCCUAUGAUGCUGGGAAGAAGGUAAACAUAAUUGCUCAAGAAGAAGGCCUGGCCCAUUCCACCAUCUCCACCAUUUUGAAGAACAAGGAGCGGAUCAGGGAGGCCAUGAAAGGAUCGCCGGGGACGAAAGCCAUUAUCACCAGGCAACGCAAAGGCCUCAUCCACGAAACAGAGAAACUCCUGAUGCUUUGGAUCGAGGAUCAGAUCCAGAAAAGGAUUCCCAUCAGCCUCCCUCUCAUUCAGGCCAAGGCGCGCAGCAUUUUUGCGACCCUGAAGGAACGAGCGGGCGAGGAGUGCACUGAAACAUUUACGGCCAGCCGUGGCUGGUUCAUGCGCUUCCAACGAAGGUUUAAUUACCACACUAUGCACCCGCCAGGCGAAGCCACGGGUGCUGACGAAAUAGCAGCCCAACGCUUCCUUGACGACUUCGAUGAUCUCCUCACAGAAGGGAACUAUUUGCCUGAACAGAUAUUCAACGUGGACAAAACCAGGUUAUUCUGGAAAAAAAUGCCCGAACGGACCUACCUUCACCAAGAGGCCCAAGCUAUGCCUGGAUACAAAGCCUUUAAGGAAAGGAUCACUUUGCUGUUGGGUGGAAAUGUUGCCGGAUUCAAGCUGAAGCCGUUUCUAAUCCACAAAUCGGAGGAUCCCCCCAUGUGCGAAAAUAUCGGCCAGGAGACCCUGCCCGUUUAUUACCAAUCUGAUCAGAAGGCUUGGAUGACCCAAGUCUUCUUCGAGGAUUGGUUUGUGAAUUGUUUCAUCCCUCAAGUGCAGGAAUAUUGUUUUCAAAACAGAAUCCCUUUUAGAAUUCUUCUGCUCCUCAACAAUGCCCCUGGAUAUCCCCCACACCUGGACGAUGUCCAUCCAGAUGUGAAGGUCGUUUAUCUACCAAAAAACACCAGCCCUUUCCUGCAGCCCAUGGAUCAGGGAGCUGUCUCAACCUUCAAAGCGUGCUAUUUACGGGCCACACUGGCCACGGCCGUCGCCACACUGGAGGACAACGGGAUGACCUUGCGUGAGUUUUGGAAAGCAUACGAUAUCAGCCACUGCAUUGAAAACAUUGCAACGGCCUGGAAGGAUGUCAGCAUGAAAUGCAUGCAAGGGAUUUGGGAACGGUGCUUAAAACGCUUUGCUCUCCUCGUCCAUAAUUUUGAAGGCUUUGAUCCGAACGAAGAUUUGGAAGAAAUCAGUCACAACAUUUUGACCCUCGCCCGAGCCCUUAGUUUAGAGGCAGACACGGAAGAUGUGAAAAAAUGGAUUGCCUACCCCGAGGGAGAGCUUUCCAACGAAGAAUUGAUUGAGCUUAAAGAAGAAUUGGAGGCCCAAGGCAUUGCGGAGGAGGAAGAAGAAAUAAAAUUCUAGACUUAAGUUCAGGAAGCUCAGUGUGAAAAUAUCGACUGUUGUUUUUCUCGGAUGUUAACGAAAUAUUACAAAAAUUAGAAAGUAUGGAUCCCAAUGUAGAACAUUUUGGAAAGUUACAUAGGGAGCCCAGGAAGUUCAUGUGAAAAUAUUGAACUAUUGAAACGGUGUUUUCUCAGAUGUUAAUGAAAUGCUACGAAAAUUAGGAAUUAUGGAUCCAAAUUAUUUUGGAAAGUUGCAUUGGGAGACCAGGACGUUCAUGUGAAAAUAUUGACCAGUGUUUUCUCAUGCUAAUGAAAUGUUACGAAAAUUAGGAAGUAUGAAUCCAAAUGUAGAACAAUUUUGGAAAGGUAUAUUGGGAGCCCAGGAAGUUCAUGUGAAAAUAUCAAUCGGUGUUUUCUCAGAUGUUAAUGAAACGCUACGAAAAUUAGGAAGUAUGGAUCUGAGUGUAGAAUGUUUCAGAAAGCUACAUUGGGAAAUGCAUGUGUUCUAGGAAAAUAGAUGAAGAAAAAAAUGUGCAAAGAACUUAAUGAAUUCUUUACGGACAGUUAUUUCUUGCUCACCUCUUCCUUCCUCCCCAUCCUGAAAAAGAGCAGAUCCCAGAAGCUGCUUGGUUCAUUAGCCUUCUCGGCCUCCAUAUCCGACGUUUCCAAAAAUGCAGCAAAAAGACUAAUCUUUGGAAGGGGAUUUCUAUUGAUGUUUACAGGUACAGUUCUGUAAUUGUAAACGCUAAUUUUGUAUUCUUUUAUUUUUGUACUGUAACACAACAUGAUGGCUCUUAAUAAUAAUAAUAAUAAUAAUACAUGUUAAAUCAAGGAUGUUUUAAAAUAUUGGAAAUGAUCUUCGAUUCCUUGGAAGACGAAAUUGAUUUCUUUAGAAAUAAAGAUGUUUUAAAACAUGAAAAA